AUGGCCAAGGCGCCCGCGGAAUGGGACGACGGGCCGUUCAUGGAUGACAUGCGCGUGCUUCCGCCGUCGCUAGCAGCGAAAAAGAAGAAGCGUAAGGGUGUGCGUGGCAACGAUGGCCUUCUCGACGAUGUGGCGCCGUCGCUGGCGGCCACAGCUCAGGUGCAGGCUGAUCUUCUUGCGACAGCAAGCGACCUAUACCGGCGGAUUGAAGCGGAUCCGCAUGGCCUGCCUGAAGACGAGGCAUACUGGACCUCUUUGCCCGCACACCUGCGCACAUUUAUACGGAAUGCACUGCCGCUGGGCCAGCUGGGGGCCGGCGCCAAUACCAACGAGGCCCUGCCACGCCACGCCUCGACGCAGGCCAUGAUGGCCGUUGCGCAACAGCUCGCACAGGCUGCACAUGCGUCCCAGAACAUGCUUCCGGACAUGUACCGCACAAAAGACAAGUUCCUUCCGCACUUCCCUGGUAUGACGAUGCCGGUGGACGAGGACGGCGACCUCGUCUUUGUCAACGAGCUAGACGACGACGACGACGGGGACCUUGACCCGGCGUAUGCCAGUGAGGAGAAUGCGAAUGAGCGCACCGACGACGUGACCGACACUGAGAAAAAGAAAAAGUCGAAGAAGAAGAAGAAGAAGACGCCCGUGGCCGCCGACGAGCGGCUGCCCACCGCGUCGCCACCGGCCGCCCCGCUACGGCAGCGCAGCAUGCCGCCUGUGCCCAUGUCCGUGCCGCACCCUCCCCUGCCGUCGUCGCGGGCUACUGGCAAGCUGCCGAUGAUGUUCCACUCGGCGACGCGUGCCGGCAGUGGCGCACGACCGCCGCUGCCGAGGCGGACGAAGAGCUCGCUGAGUGUGGGCAGUGGCCAUACGCCCAUGUUCCCGAUGCACAUGGCCGGCGCGGCGCCGCCCGGCAAUGGAAGCGUGUUGACGAUCCGCAACGGCGACGAACGCGAAAAGGUGCGUGAGUUCUGGCGCACGCUUUCGCGGCGCGACCGCCAGAACAUGGUGCGGGCCGAGGAGCAAGAGGUGCUGCGCAAGCUGAAAGAGUUCCAGCGGCAUGCAUGUGCGUGUUCCGUAUGCUUGCGGAAGCGUGCGAUGGUCGGCGCCAAGGUGGAGGAGCUGUAUGCGCUGUACUUUGAUGCGCUCGAGGAGCAGGCGGGCGAGUUCGCUGACGGCGGCUCGAGUGCGUCGCAGGGCCCGGGUCCGUUCCCAGGGAGCAUUGCCCUGGACAGCCACGGUGGUGUCGUCGGCGCGAAUCUACUUCUCUCGCGGCCGCGUGAGCGACGAAAGCGGAACGUGAAUGUCUAUCCUCCGAGUACGCCGACGAGCGAGCGGCGCGAGUUGCCAGACGUGGACGACAUCUACGACGACGAUGAGUACGACGACGAGUACGACGACGAGUUUGACGACGAGGCCCUGGACGACGACUAUACCGAUGAGUAUGAGCGUCCAGAGCGGCGUCGGCGCGCCGACUCGCACUGCCAAGGGGGCGACUGCUACUGCAUCAACUCGUCGCUGACCGUCAAGGGCAUCCUAACGCUGGCCGAUGAGCUCGGCGGCAACGAGGCGCACAAGCUGAUCCUCAUGAUGGAGCAGCUGAGCGAGCGUGAUGCGCCGGACGAUGCAAGCUGCGACGUGGCCGACGACGAGUCGAAUCCCAGCGAGCAGGAGCUGUCGCCAGACGAGCAGCGCGAGCAGGGCUGGCGCAUGUUCCAGAUCUUUGCCGCACGCACCCUCGAGCAGCGUGUGCUGCAGGCGUAUCGCGAACGCCUUGCGCAGGACCGGCAGCUGCAGCUUCUGCGCGAGCUCGAGGAGGAGGAGUCGAAUGAGAAGGCCAAGGAGGCCAAGCGAGCAAAAGAGAACCAGCGCAAGAAGGACAAGAAGCGGCAGGUGCGGCAGCAGAAGGAGGAGGAGCGCCUCCGUCGCGAGCAGGAGAAGGCCGCCGAGGAGGCUGCGGCACGCGAGGCGGACCUGAAGCGCAAGGAAGAGCUGCGCCGCAAGGAGGCCCAAAAGCGCGAGGCUGAACGCAGGGAGCUCGAGAAGCGCGAGGCCGAGCGCAAGGAGAUGGAACGGCGAGGAGCCGAACGCAGAGAGGCCGAGCGCAAAGAGGCCGAGAAGCGCGAGGCCCAGCGCAGAGAGGCCCAGCGCCGCGAAAUGGAAAAAGAGGCGGCUCGCAAGGAGGCCGAGAAGCGCGAGGCGGAGCGCAAGGAGGCGGCGCGCAGGGAGACGGCACGCAAGGAGGCCGAACGCAAAGAGGCCGAGCGCAAGGAGGCCGAGCGCCGCGCUGCUGAGAAAGAGGAGCGUCGCAGGCGCCAGCAGGAGCGUCGCCAGCGCGGCAAAAAGGCCGAGGCCGAGGCGGCCGCAGCAGCGCCGCAGCCAUCGCAGCUGCCGACAGUGCCUGCCCAGCCUGCCCAGCCUGCGCCGCCCUCGUCGAUGGCACCCUCGGUGCUAGCGCCGCUGUCGACCGGUGCCGAGGCUGAGCCUGCAGGCCCCCGCGCCGACCUGCUCUUUCCCGAGCCGCUUACCCGUGCGCCGUUUGCGCUACGCAGCACCGAGUCCGAUGCAUGGGACGCGCCGGUGCCUCCGCCGCUGCCGCCGCAGAGCACGUCUCGCUCGCUGCCCCCCUGCGACACGGCAACUGCGUCGAAGUCGGGCAGCCCGUCGCUGCAUGCGCCCUUCUUCGACCACGUUGCCUCCACGACCACGGCGCUGGGCCGCCUGCAGCUGGGCCACCCGUCGCCGCCGCACGCGGCGCCUGCGCGUGACUUUGGGCUGGGCCCCCUCGUGGCGCCAGCUGCCUCGAGCCCGGCGCGCGCGGUGCCACCCCCGAUCGGCCCGAUCGAGCGGCCGCGGCGAACGCGCACCGGCAGCAGCGAUGUGGCGGCCGAGGGCGUGCUGGGCAGUGCCGCGCUGGGCGACGACGAGCUGAUCGAGCCGCGCGGCCGCCGCGCGGCGAUGACUGCGCCGCUGAGUGGCGGGAGCGCCUUUGGUGCGCCUGGCAGCAGUGCGCUCCCGCAGCCUGCUGCGACGUCGUUCUACUCGCCGUGGUCGGCGCCGGGCUACGGCAGCCUGGGCCUGGGCUCGCUGAGCGUCAGCAGCCCCGCCGCCCCGCCGCUCGGCGGCAUGAACAUACCCGCGGCCCCCAUGGGCCGCGCGUCUGGCAGCGCGCUGGACCCAGGCUAUGCAUCGCCCUGGAGCUCGUCGUGGGACCGAGCGCGACACGCGUUUGAGCAGCCCGUCGACAUGUUUGCGAGCGACGCUGGCGCGGACCUCGGUGCGCUGGGCGGUGUGCCCGGCGCCGCCGCGUCGGUGCGCUCGCCGCCAGGCCUGGGCCCCCGUGCUCGCCCGACGCCCACGUUUCCGUACCACGGCGGCCCUGCGCCGCCGUUUCCCACAGGCCCGUAG